AUGCAGAGCCCUCACUACCGCAAGAUUGAACUGCAGUCCAACGCAGACUUUAACUAUCUGUACACCAACACCCUCGCCUGCCUGCAAGAAAAGCUCAAUGAAAUCUACCCGCCGCCGCAGAACGACAACGCGGACGAUCCAUACCCAGUGAAAGGGCGUGUUAAAAAGCUGAUGGAAGAGUUCAUUCAACAAACCUACAUCCUCGCGUCGGACUCGAUCACCAUCAACGGAGUGGACGUCAGCCCAGGAGAAGGCUCAACGGGCCUGCUACCCUUCGACUCUGGGUUUUCUGCACCCGAAACCAUCGAAUACGAGCCUUACGACGGCGCGCUGGCGUCGCGCGUGACUUCGCUGUACGCCCAGCUCGAAUCACUCACGACGUCAGUCGCACAACUUCGCCGCGAGGCGCCACAGAAAGCCGCCAAAGCGUACUCCGACACACUCAUCGAGAUGCUGAAAACCGAAGAUGCGGAAUACGAAUCCCUCGCUCGGCAGCAACAAGACUCCGAUUCCGCAUACCAAAGUGAACCAAUACUAAAAUCCGAAAACGGCUCAUCAUCAUCAUCAUCAAAGAAACUCGCUGAAACGGGUGCAGUUGAAUACAGCAAGAUCAAACCGGAGUGGAAACUAGAUAUCCCAUUUGGAUCAGACUCAGAAAGAGAGCGGUGGCAGAGCGGCGAGAUGGCAGAGGUCUACUCGGACACGUUGCGCACGCUCCUUCGGCUGCAGGGUGAAUAUGUAGAGGGCGAUGAACCGGCGAGUGUGGAGGCGUCGCGAAAUGCGCUUUCGACGACGGUAGGAACCGCAGAGAGGGCGAGCCGGGCCGCGGAGGUUGUGAAGAAGAUGUAA